CGAAUCUUACGUCACGUUAAUUCAUAUUAAUGAGGCACAAACAGCAAGUUUGACGCUCUGGGUGGAUCCCGGUAGAGACACUGAUGUUGAUGAUAAAUACUGCUGUCAUCUCGAUCAGAUCAUAUUCAUCAUGGACUUCGAUCUGGACUCAGCUUGUGGAGAUGAUGAGGUGAAGAAGCAGGAGGGCAGCGAGGUGGAGGGCAUCUUUGGGUUUGGAAAAAAGGAUAAAGAUAAAGACAAAGAAGAUAAAGAUAAAGAUUGUAAGGGCAAGGACAAAGAUAGUGACAAGCCAAAGAGUGAUUGCAAAGAAGCGGAUAAAGACAAGGACAAGUGCAAAGACAAAGAGAAGGACAAGUGCAAAGACAAGGAAAAGAAGAAGGAUAAAGAGCAUAAAAAGGGGCAUGGACACGGACACGGACGGGGUCGGGGUCGGGGACGUGGACGCGGACACAGGUCGUCCUCUUCAUCCAGUGAUGAGGACUAAAGCUGAAGACUGAAGACAUAAGGGGCCGGGGAAGUUGUCACAUGGGGAAAAUGUUUAGAGUUACUGUGAGGUUUUUAGGCAAAAAAAUCAAUUUGCACAAUUGCUUGUUUUCUCUAGCAGUGGUUUUAUAUGUUGGUAUAAAAUACCUAGUUGCAUCAUUUGUCUUGAAUUUGGACAAUAUUUUGGGAAUUUUGUCCUACAAACUAAAAUUCCAGUGCUAUUAUAUUUUUAUAUAUUGGUGCGAGUUGUUACAUGAGUUCUUUGAUGUACUUUAUGUACAGUAUCUGUGAAAACCUCCUGUUAUUUUUACAUUUCUUGCAGUUUGUUUGAGUGUUAAAGACAUUAUAUAGCCUACAAUACAUUUGAAAUAUUAUAUUGUGGAAAAUGUAUCAAUUUUAUGUAUGUUAGUAUGUCAUAUUACAAAAAAAUGUUUGUUUUCUCAAAACAAUUCCCAUUCAUGCUAUUUAUCCCAUAGUGACAACAUGGUCCACUAAAGGUCAUCAUAAUGAACUGUAGGCUAUAUUUAUACAGGAUAAUAAUGAUAGACAUGUCCAAUAGUUGUUUUAGUUUUGUGACUAUUGAAAAAGUGACUUUUCAAAAUAAACAUACCAUGAGAAAUUAAUUGGUGUAAAAAGUCAUCCUGGACUCCUUUAUUUACAAUACAGUACAACAUAUAUUUAUGUGUGUGUGAACUUGUUUAUGCUACAUUGUAUGUUGUAUUUUUAAACGAAUGUUAAAAGGAAAAUAAAACUGAUGUUAUUGUGUUUGGCCCUAGAAA